UUUUGCCAUUUAAAUGUUUUUAGAUAUUUUUUAAUUAAGAUGAAAAGAAAUUCAAUAAGUGAUUGGAGCUGAUUCUAGAUGGGAUUAAAAUGUCGUACAUAUCUACUAGCUAUUUCUGUUAUGUGUAUAGUCAUUGUAUUGUGGUUUUGGAUAUAUUCUACUGGUACUAUAACAAAUUGCAAUACAAAACUUACAGCAAAGUAUGAUGAGCAUUCAAAUUUUGAAGAUAGUUUAAUAAUUUUAUACAAUCGUGUGCCGAAAACUGGAAGUACAAGUUUUAUGAGUCUACUUUAUGCAUUACACAGUGUAAAUAAAUUUAGUGUUGCAUUUGUUAAUGUUUCUUGGAUAUCGCAUCGGUUUUUGUUUUUAGAUCAAUACAGAUUUGCAUUAAAUGUCACAUCAUGGAAUAUUCGUAAACCUGCUAUAUACUCUGGUCAUUUUCCUUUUCUUGAUUUUACUAAAUUAGGUAUGCAUCAACCUUUAUAUAUCAAUAUUGUAAGAAAACCGCUUGAUCGAGCAGUUUCUCAUUACUAUUUUAUUAGGUAUGGAGAUACAUUUCUUCCAAAUAAAAAACGUUUGCGGCAUGGAGAUGAGACAUCGUUUGAUGAUUGUGUUAAACUGAACAGUAGUGAAUGCUCUGAAGCAAAAUUAUGGAUGCAAAUACCGUACUUCUGUGGUUCAGAUGCUUUUUGUUGGGAGCCUGGUAGUGAGAAGGCUUUAAUGCAUGCAAAAAUCAAUCUGGAAAAACAUUAUUUACUUGUUGGUCUAAUGGAAAAAAUGGAUAAUUUUAUUGAAAUUCUUGAAUCCAUACUCCCAAGAUUUUUCCAUGGAUCAUUAAAAUUAUUUUUGAAAGAUGGCCAAGUGCAGUUACGCAAAACUAAAAUUAAGAAGUCUUUGUUACCACAAACUGUUGAACAUUUUAAAAAGUCUAAAGUUUGGCAAAUGGAAGAAAGUUUUUAUCAGUUUGUGAAAAAACAUUUUGAUACCACAUAUCAAGAAUUUAUUCAUUCUAGAACUGAAACACAAUUUUCCUUCAGUAAACUUAAACCUGAAUUUAUUUAAUUUUUUGCUUAUAUUUUUGUUUUAAUUUUAUUUAAUAAGAAUUUGUAUGAUUGUGUAAUGGGUUAUUGUAUUUGUAAAAGUAUGAUUUUGUAUAAUGUUUAUAAAAAUAUGAUUUAUGUCAUUAUAUGUGAAAUGUUUGUUAGAGUUGGUAUAAAAUUCUGUAAUGCUUGUAAGAAUCUAUAAAACAUUGUGUAAUGCUUUUAACAGGUUGUAUGAUAUUAUUUGUAGGAAUCUUUAUGA